AUGGGGCCAGAGGCUCGCUACCCGCCUACAGGAGGCAAACGCUGGAUGGGCGCUGCAGGCGCAGUGGCGCUUCUUGGUGUCGUAGACGUUUUGGCCGUGGCCACUUCACCGAUCAUUCUUUUGAGAUCCUCGCAGCAACGAAAAGAAGCAUUUUCAGCCGUGGUCGACGCCAACAAGCUGAUAGUCAGCUCUCAGCUUUUCGUAUCGGCGAGUUUGGAGCUUAUGGAGAAGGCUGGGAAAUGUAACCAGGCCCUCUGCGUGAACAAGUGGGGCCAGUUCAAGAUCCUCGGCUCCGGCUACGCUGCAGUUUCCCAUGUGUGGGCGGAGACUAUGGGCUUCGAGUUCCAUAAUGAAAAGUUGGAGCAGGAUGGGCGUGGGAUACUCAUGAAUCAUUUCAACAAGAUAAUGGGCAAGGCGUUGCAAUGUGGAUAUGAGUGGAUUUGGUUCGACCUGUUGGCCAUCCCAAAGAGGUCGACCCAUGGGACAAACGAUGCUCGCUUCACGCAAACCAAAACACUCAUAAUCAACAGUCUUCACUCGAUCUAUCGCAACGCAGCAGCUGUGAUAAUUCUAGAUUCCUUCGCUCUGCACCUUCCUUCUGGGGAUCCUCUCAAGAUUGCUCCACUGCUGGUUUGUGGUAUGUGGCUAACCCGAGUUUGGACGUACCAGGAGGUGAAACUGGCCCAGAAAGCCCUCGUAGUUACCGCCACGCACGUAGUCAAUCUUCAAGACAUCCUAGAUGUUGUUGCAGUGCAGGAGCAUCUUAAUCCCCAGAGAUGGUCCGAAUUACACAAAACCAUUGCCCGUUUGCGACCCAUCAAGGACCAGGGAAUAUAUUUGGCCGAUAUAGCACUGUCCUGCACGAACCGAAACACGGAAAACGAAAUCGACUAUGCUCGUGGGUUUUUUGCGCUGCUUGGACUUCAGUGGCAAGCAGGCUGGACAUAUGAAGAUGGUAUACAGCACAUUUACAAAUCUCGGCCGCAAGAAGCAGCUAUGCUUGCGUCAAUGCACAACCCGCGCGGUCUACCCAAACCUUUCUCAUGGGCACCGAAAUACCUCGCUCAUCAACAAGGUAAGAUUCAUGCGGCUCAUGAGCUUGCUUGCGCCGGUAACGGUGUCACCGGCUCGUGGUACACAACGACUGUGCUGAAGCUAGUUCAUGUCGCCUCAUAUGGUCAGGCCGCGGCUGAGAGUAGCGACGAUAAAAUGGCCUUCCAGCUCCUGGUUGACGGUGGGUCUGGAGCGCCUGUGAUAGUUACAGUGGUGACAUUUGGUUCAGAGUGGACGCAAGCUCUAAAAUGUUGGGCUGAUGUCAUACCUGGUGGUAGAACAAGACUCCUUUGUCCAACCAACUUUGACGGGCAAUUUCCUUUUCCUGUUGUUUUGCUCUCAGUUCAAAUCACGAAUACUGCAGUAGCUGAAGUAACAGACAGUGCAAUUCUGGUUAAUGGAACGGUCGCGGCUCCCCAAGUCCAGUGGUUGUUGACGUAA